ACCGACCGUGCAGUGAUAGAGCGGUGUUACAGAAUCAGUCCAGCAGAAUUAUUUUGUUUAAAAGUUGCAACAAACGUAGCGAAUAGUGGGCAGUUAAUUAAUUAUUUAGAAAUGGCGACGGGAGCAAACGCAACCCCACUGGGGAAGCUGCACCCAAGUAUCGGCGCUAAGCGGGGUUUCGACUCCGGGCCUGUUUCAGGUUUAAUGUCUCAGCCGGGACCGCCGACCUCUUUUCCGCUACAGAACUUCCAGCAGCCGCAAAUGCACAAUGUUGGUUUUCCAGCGUUUCCUGGGGCUCCGGUUUCAUUUCCGAACACUUCACUGGCCGGACUGCAGUCUCCAGGCGGAGACAUGGGUCAGAAGAAAAGAAAAAAAAGCCGUUGGAGCAGCGAGACUCCUGAUCAGAAGACUAUUAUCCCAGGAAUGCCCACAGUCAUCCCUGCUGGGCUUUCCCGAGAACAAGAAAGAGCUUAUAUAGUCCAACUGCAGAUUGAAGACCUGACUCGUAAACUGCGUACAGGGGACCUUGGAAUUCCUGUUAAUCCUGAGGACAGGUCCCCUUCCCCUGAGCCCAUCUAUAACAGCGAGGGGAAGAGGCUGAAUACACGAGAGUAUCGCACUCGCAAAAAAAUAGAGGAAGAAAGACAUUCACUCAUCACUGAGAUGGUUGGUCUCAACCCAGAGUUUAAGCCCCCUGCUGACUAUAAACCUCCAGCCACCAGAGUCAGUGAUAAAGUAAUGAUACCACAAGAUGAGUAUCCAGAAAUCAACUUUGUUGGACUUCUUAUUGGGCCACGUGGCAACACUCUGAAAAACAUUGAAAAGGAGUGCUGUGCUAAAAUUAUGAUCCGUGGAAAGGGCUCGGUAAAGGAGGGAAAGGUCGGCCGUAAGGACGGACAGAUGCUGCCAGGAGAGGAUGAGCCUUUACAUGCCCUGGUUACUGCCAACACCAUGGAGAAUGUAAAGAAAGCUGUAGAGCAGAUUCGGAAUAUCCUGAAGCAGGGUAUUGAAACCCCAGAGGAUCAAAAUGACCUGAGAAAGAUGCAACUGAGGGAGCUGGCCCGACUCAAUGGCACUCUUAGAGAGGAUGACAACAGAAUUCUGCGUCCAUGGCAGAACACUGAGCCAAGAAGCAUCACUAAUACCACCCUGUGCACGAAGUGCGGAGGAGCUGGACACAUUGCUUCUGAUUGCAAGUUUACCAGUACUUACACCCCAAGGCAAGGUGAUCCACCCCCAUCAGCUCAGGACAAAGCCCGUAUGGAUAAAGAGUAUCUCUCUCUUAUGGCUGAGCUGGGAGAAGCUCCAGUUCCCUCCUCUGGUGCUGGACACACCAAUCCACACGCAAGUGGCCCUCGCGGGACCGGUCCAAACGCCAAUCAGCCUCCUCCAAAUCGCCCUCCUUGGAUGAAUUCUGGCCCCUCUGAUAACAGGAACUUCCAUGGCAUGCAUGGUGGUCCAGGUGGACAUGGAGGUCCCCACAGCUUCCCCCCUCCCAUGUCCAAUAUGGGUGGACCACCCAUGCCUCAUGGACCUAAUGGCAUGCCCCCACCCUGGAUGCAGCCGCCACCUCCGCCCAUGGGCCAGGGCCCAGCUCCUCCUGGACAUCCAAUGGGUGAGUUUCAAGGAAUGAUGCCUCCACCUAUGGGUAUGAUGCCGCCUCCUCCCCCUCCACCGAACAACCAGCCACCACUGCCUCCAUCAGGGCCUCUGCCACCAUGGCAACAACAAGCUCCGCCUCCACCACCCACCAGCAGCAUGGCUACCAGUGCGCCAAUGCCAUGGCAGCAAAAUACCACCACCACCACAACCCCAGCAACAGGUAACCUCCCUCCAUGGCAACAACCUCAGGCAGUGACCACCUCUACUGCCCAGCCCCCUCUUCCUAUGGGAAAUCCCUCAAUGGUCCCUCCUCCACCUGGAGUCCAGCCUCCAUUGCCUCCAGGUGCACCUCCUCCACCCCCACCCCCACCUCCAGGCUCAGCUGGCAUGAUGUACGCACCUGCUGCACCUCCUCCACCUCCCCCACCUAUGGACCCCAACUUCGUCACAAUGAUGGGGAUCCCAGGAAUGCCUCCAUUCGGGAUGCCACCUGCUCCUCCACCACCACCACCUCAAAAUUAAGUAGCUCGUAUGUCAUUGGUAGUCAACAUUAACACAUGCAGAUGGAAAGCAUUAUGGACUACCGGACUUGUUUCCACAAUUGCUUGAUGUAUGCUCUUGUUAAUGAUGUUUGUUGGAUCGGGGGGGGGGGGGGGUAGAGAGGCAAGUGUAUGUGUGGGUGUAAAUGUGCUUAACUUAAUUUGUCUGAUUUUAAAAUUGUACUGUCAGCUCGGCUUGAAAUUCUUUAAUUUUGUUCUUAGAUUAUGCAGGGAAUGUUAUGUUUCGUGCAGGGUUUCAUUUUUGUUUGCCUGCAUUUCAAUGCCUAAACAUUCCAAACUGCAGAAAUUUAACAGUGAAAUUGUUAAGCAUCUGGUCUUUCAUCAUUACAAACUUGGUUAUUUUCACUAUUGAGAAAAAUCAAGUUGUAUCAAACAGCUUUUUUUUGUUCAUAUCCAAUACCUAGAACAGUUUUGAUGUCGCCUUCUUUCAGAUAUUUUUGUAAUGCUCUGUUCAGCUAAAUAAAAGUUGAAAUCACUUCUCCCAUGGGUAGUGAAAACUCGAGUAAUGUUAAACAGCUUUGUCAUGCCUUUAACACUGUUUUUGUUUUGUUUUUUCCCCCCUAUGAGCCUUAAAUAUUGGCCUGUGGGGGAUGGAUUUUUUUGUGUGCGCUUGUUGCUCAAGUGAGUAGAAAAGAUAAUGGAGCAAAAGAUGUUGACAGGACUUCAACCCCAUUUAUAUUUCUGACCUGCUUCCACAAGCUGACUCACCCACUCUUAUGCCCUACUUUUCUGAAUGCAGGUUCCAGUUCUUGUAAAGGUCUAUUGUUAAAGUAAAGGGAGGCCAGCAUUUGCCUUGCAAAAAAGGGGUAAUGGCAUUGUGGCUUUGCAGUUCAAUGAGAGAAUUAAUUCAGUCUGUCGGCUGUAGCACUGUCAAGUUCUUCUUGCAAAAAAUGAAAUGAAAACGGACUUUUCUUGUUGACGUGCAAAUGUGUGUGAACCACGUUUUCAUUCUGCUUUCGUGCAGUCGUCGGACCCACUUUCUACACUAUUUUUCGCUGUCUGGAUCACUGUUUGGUUUGUCUUGGGUUGUAUAUAAAUGUGCAAAAUUCACAGGAACUGAACAUGUUAAGUUCAAUUACUCUAAAGGAUUAUACAUUUUUAUUUUUCUCAUGUUUGAGUUUGUAAUAAGAGUACAGUUAGAUUAUCUGUAGGAAGUCCUCACUUGUUGACUAUUUGAGGCUGUUCAGGGAAAAUAAAUCUCAUAUGUACUGAC